AUGGACAUCAACUUCAAGAGAUGCCACCACUACUACAUCAGCAUCAGCAUUCAGUUCAAUGACGCCACCUUUACCUGGACAUCAACAGUCACUUCAAGUGAUCCCACCGCUUCCUCGCCUACAUCGACAGUCACUUCAAGUGAUCCCACCUCUCCUUUGACAUCAACAGUCACUUCAAGUGAUCCCACCUCUCCUUUGACAUCAACAGUCACUUCAAGUGAUCCCACCUCUCCUUUGACAUCAACAGUCACUUCAAGUGAUCCCACCUCUCCUUUGACAUCAACAGUCACUUCAAGUGAUCCCACCUCUCCCUCAACAUUAACAUUCACUUCAAGUGAUGCCACCUCUCCUUUGACAUCAACAGUCACUUCAAGUGAUGCCACCUUUACCUGGACAUCAACAGUCACUUCAAGUGACGCCACCUUUACCUGGACAUCAACAGUCACUUCAAGUGAUCCCACCUCUCCUUUGACAUCAACAGUCACUUCAAGUGAUCCCACCUCUCCUUUGACAUCAACAGUCACUUCAAGUGAUGCCACCUUUACCUCGACAUCAACAGUCACUUCAAGUGAUGCCCCCAAUACAUUGACAGUAACAUUAAAUGAUGAUACCACUACAUUGACAGUCUCUUCAAGUGAUGCCACCUUUACCUCGACAUCAACAGUCACUUCAAGUGAUGCCCCCAAUACAUUGACAGUAACAUUAAAUGAUGAUACCACUACAUUGACAGUCUCUUCAAGUGAUGCUACCACUACAUCGACAGUCCCUUCAAGUGAUACCACCACUCCCUCGACAUUAACAGUCACUUCAAGUAAUGCCACAUCUCCCUCGACAUCAACAGUCACUUCAAGUGAUGCCACCAAUACAUCAACAGUCUCUACAAGUGAUGCUUCCACUCCUUCGACUUCAACAGUCACUUCAAGUGAUGCCACCACUACAUCAACAGUCACUUCAAGUGAUGCUACCACUACAUCAACAGUCACUUCAAGUGAUACUACCACUACAGCAACAGUCAUUUCAAGUGAAUCUACCACUACAUCGUCAGUAUCUUCAAGUGAUGCCACCUCUCCCUCGACAUUAACAUUCACUUCAAGUGAUGCCACCUUUACCUGGACAUCAACAGUCACUUCAAGUGACGCCACCUUUACCUGGACAUCAACAGUCACUUCAAGUGAUCCCACCGCUUCCUCGCCUACAUCGACAGUCUCUACAAGUGUUGCUUCCACUCCAUCGACUUCAACAGUCACUUCAAGUGAUGCCACCUUUACCUGGACAUCAACAGUCACUUCAAGUGAUCCCACCGCUUCCUUGCCUACAUCAAUUGUCUCUUCAAGUGAUGCCACCUCUCCCUCGACAUCAACAGUAUUUUCAAGUGAUGCCACCAACUCAUUGACAGUCUCUACAAGUGAUGCCUCCACUCCUUCGACUUCAGCAGUCACUUCAAGUGAUCCCACCACUACCUCGACAUUAACAGUCACUUCCAGAAAUGCCACCUCUCCCUCGACAUCAACAGUCACUUCAAGUGAUGCUACCACUACAUUGACAGUCACAUCAAGUGAUGCCUCCACUCCUUCGACUUUAACAGUCACUUCAAGUGAUGCCACCCCUACAUCAACAGUCACUUCAAGUGAUGCUACCACUACAUCGACAGUCCCUUCAAUUGAUCCCACCACUACCUCGGCAUUAACAGUCACUUCAAGAAAUGCCACCAAUACAUCGACAGUCUCUACAAGUGAUGCCUCCACUCCUUCGACAUCAACAGUCACUUCAAGUGAUGCCACCAACACAUCAACAGUUACUUCAAGUGAUGCUACCACUACAUUGACAGUCACUUCAAGUGAUGCCACCACUCCCUCAACAUCAACAGUCACUUUAAGUGAUGCAACCUCUCCCUCAACUACAUCAACAGUCAGUUCAAGUGAUACUACCACUACAUCGACAGUCCCUUCAAGUGAUCCCACCACUACCUCGACAUUAACAGUCACUUCAAGAAAUGCCACCUCUCCCUCGACAUCAACAGUCACUUCAAGUGAUGCCACCAAUACAUCGACAGUCUCUUCAAGUGAUGCCACCACUCCCUCAACAUCAACAGUCAGUUCAAGUGAUACUACCACGACAGCAACAGUCAGUUCAGGUGAUACUACCACUACAUCGACAGUAUCUUCAAGUGAUACCACCUCUCCCUCGACUUCACCAGUCACUUCAAGUGAUGCCAACACUACAUCAACAGUCACUUCAAGUGAUGCCUCCACAACAUCAACAGUCACUUUAAGUGAUGCUACCACUACAUUAACAGUCCCUUCAAGUGAUGCCACCAUUACCUCAACGUUAACAGUCACUUCAAGAAAUGCCACCUCUCCCUCGACAUCAACAGUCACUGCUAGUGAUGCUACCACUACAUCAACAGUCACUGCAAGUGAUGCCACCAAUACAUCAACAGUCACUUCCAGAAAUGCCACCUCUCCCUCGACAUCAACAGUCACUUCAAGUGAUGCUACCACUACAUUGACAGUCACAUCAAGUGAUGCCUCCACUCCUUCGAGUUUAACAGUCACUUCAAGUGAUGCCACCAACACAUCAACAGUUACUUCAAGUGAUGCUACCACUACAUUGACAGUCACUUCAAGUGAUGCCACCACUCCCUCAACAUCAACAGUCACUUUAAGUGAUGCAACCUCUCCCUCAAAUACAUCAACAGUCAGUUCAAGUGAUACUACCACUACAUCGACAGUCCCUUCAAGUGAUCCCACCACUACCUCGACAUUAACAGUCACUUCAAGUGAUGCCACCUCUCCCUCGACAUCAACAGUCAGUUCAAGUGAUACUACCACGACAGCAACAGUCAGUUCAGGUGAUACUACCACUACAUCGACAGUAUCUUCAAGUGAUACCACCUCUCCCUCGACUUCAACAGUCACUUCAAGUGAUGCCACCACUACAUCGACAGUAUCUUCAAGUGAUACCACCUCUCACUCGACUUCAACAGUCACUUCAAGUGAUGCCAACACUACAUCAACAGUCACUUCAAGUGAUGCCUCCACAACAUCAACAGUCACUUUAAGUGAUGCUACCACUACAUUAACAGUCCCUUCAAGUGAUGCCACCAUUACCUCAACGUUAACAGUCACUUCAAGAAAUGCCACCUCUCCCUCGACAUCAACAGUCCCUGCUAGUGAUGCUACCACUACAUCGACAGUCACUUCAAGCGAUGCCACCACUACCUCGACAUCAAUAGUCACUUCAAGUGAUGCCACCAAUACAUCAACAGUCACUUCAAGUGAUGCCACCACUCCCUCGACACUAACAGUUACUUCAAGUGAUGCCACCUCUCCCUCGACAUCAACAGUCGCCUCAAGUGAUUCCACCACUACAUCAACAGUCACUUCAAAUGAUGCUACCACUACAUCGACAGUCACUUUAAGUGAUGCUACCUCUCCCUCAACUACAUUGACAGUCACAGCUAGUGAUGACACCUCUAACUCAACAUCAACAGUCACUUCAAGGGUUGCUACCACUGCAUCGAUAGUCUCUUCAAGUCAUAACACCCCUCCUUCAACUACAUCAAUGUUUAUUUCAAGUGAUGGCACAUCUUCUUCUACAUCGAAUGUCACAUCAAGUAAUGCCACCACUAUAUCAACUUUCACUUCAAAUGAUACCACCACUCCCUCAACUACAUCUAUUGUCACUUCAAGUAGUGUCACUUCCACAUCUCCCUUGCAAUAUACAGUCACUUCAAGUGACGCCACCUCUCCCUCAACAUUACCUUUCACUUCAAGUGAUACCAUCUCUCCCUCAACUACAUCGACAGAGAACUCAAGUGUUGACACUACUCUCUUGAUAUCAACACCCUCUUCAAAUGAUAUUACAUCAACAGUCACUUCAAGUGAUCCCACAACUCCCACUUCUCCAUCAACAGCCACAAGUGAGGCCACCACUCUAAGACUAAUAAUGUCAUCAACAAGUGGUACUACUACAGUGUUAACAGGUACAGAUACCUCAGCAGUUGUAGCAGUAUCUACACCGUCCACCCCUUCACUAGGACUAACAUCCAGAGACACUACUUUGGUGACAACAAUCAAAACCACUGUUGCAGAAUGCAUGCCAGAUACUCUGUUGAAUGUCAUCAGGCUGGAGGAUGUCACCAGUAAGUUAAUCAGUGUGAGUUGGACUGGUAUUACCCUGGAUCAGCAGAUACAGUACAAGGUGAAGCUGGCAUCUAAUUCCAAAACAACUCAGAUUGAGACCUCGGCCACCAAAGCUGUUUUCUCAAACCUUACUCCUGGAACCAUAUACACUCUGAUUAUUGAGUACUUAUCCUGCUACAUCAAGAAAAACAUUUCAAGAGACAUAAUCACUGCUGGAAAGGUCUAUGAAUCUUCCACUCGAAUUCCAGGCAGAGAGUUUUUGUCUGAUUAUUCAAAUCAAUCCAGCAAACUUUACAAAGACUUUGUGGCCAAUUUUACCAUGCAGGUUGAAAACAAUCUCCCAAAAGCAUACCAGGACCUUACCAGGGCUAAAGAAAUGGUGGUGGUUGUGACAGGUGUUCACAGAGGAAGUGUGAUCGUUGACUUUGAUCUGGUCACUGCUCUGGAGGUUAAACUGUCAACCUCUGACGUGCAGAACAGUGUCAUUAAUGCGCUGAAAUUAUCUGAACUCGGAGUAGAUCUGAAUUUCACCUCAGUCAAAGAGGCAGAUGUCUGCCAACGAGGCGAUUACACAUGCUCAAAAAAUGCCAGCUGUGUCAGAGAGGGACCCUCACAUUCAUGUGAAUGUAAGGCAGGAUUCUACGACAAAAACCCAACCGUACCGGGUACUGACUGCAAGAGAAAUAUCUCUCCAGGUGCAGAUCCAUGUAAAGGCUUGUGUUCAUCAUGUGCUCAGUGUGUGGUUGGUCCUGGAGGUAGCCAUGAAUGUAGCUGCUAUCCUGGUUUGAUAGAUCAGAAUCCUGUUAAUCCUGGGAAGCUAUGCAAAGAUCCUGUCGACUGUUUUGAUCAAGAAAAGGACAUUUGCUCAUCCCAAAAUCUAUGUCUUCCAUCCAAGUUUCUCUGCUCAUUGAGGAAGGUUUUCAAAUUAACAGCAGAAUUCAACUCUUGGAUCUUCAACUCCUCUCUGCACGACCCAGGGAGCGAUGCUUGGGCAUAUGCCUCUACAAAGAUCAUAAAAACUGUUGUCCCCAGAAUGCGGUUUGUUCUGUCAGAUUCAUCCUUUGACAUGACAGUGGUGGGCUUCCAGAGAGGUAGUGUGGUGGUCAGGAUGAUGUGCGGUUAUAAUGGGAAUACUACCGCUGAUGAAAGAACUCUCCAGGCUGCUCUGCAGGACACAAUCCGCAAACACUUGGACAACUCCGCCAUAGCUACCUUGAAAAGAGUUUCCCAGAUAUCAAUGGCCCCAGGAGCAGGCUGGAAAGUGGCGACAAUAGUCCUGGGAGUUCUGCUGGGCUUCACUUUGACAGUCGUGGUUGUUGUUCUGAUCAUCACCAUAGCGAGGAGAGCAGCUAGCAAGCUGACCUCAUAUAACAUCAAGCAAACAAAGCACAACAGACAAGUGGUGUCCGAUGACUACUUAGAAGAUUAUUCUUAUCAGGUGUAGUUCAGGGAUUCAUAAAAAGACGAGAUAAUCAAAAUUUAUUUUCACAAAUAUAUUUGAUAAUAUUAACAGAAGUUUCAGCUAUCACACCUCCUAAUACUUUUUUUAUUUUAUUUUUUAAAAUGUAUACCUUUAUUUAAGGUAUGCAAGUCAGUUCAGAACAAAUUCUUAUUUUCAAUGACAGCCUAGGAACAGUGAGUUAACUGCCUGUUCAGGGGCAGAACGACAGAUUUGUACCUUGUCAGCUCGGGGGUUUGAACUUGCAACCUUCCGGUUACUAGUCCAACCUGUUACUAGUCUAACCACUAGGCUACGCUGCCGCCCCUUUAAGUGUUUCAUAAAAUGCAACUAAGUCAACUCUGUCAGACACAAUAAAAGGCAUUCCAUUUUUACAUUUAUUGUUGAACAAGCGUUUAAUAAAGGCCUUGAUUGUUUAAUUGUAACAUUAGAUUAUUCAAAAAUUGUAAUACAAAUCUCCAAACGUCUUCAUUGUUUUAUUUUAUAGUGCUAUAUAAUGCACCAGGGCUAAUUUCGUGUUUGCAUGUUUUUUGUUAGUUUUUUUGCAUGUGUUUCUAGAUUCAGAACAUAAAACAACAUUUAGAAAGCUAACAUUAUCCCUAGGAUCUACCACAGCAAAUACAUCAGUAGUUUAAGCAUAUGUUGCAACAAGGUUAAAAUAUUUUUUCUAAAUAUUGACUAAAAGAUCGAUCUUAUUAAAGGGUUAGUCAUCAGUGAGUUGAUAAGGCACUGAUGGAGUUGACAACGGACACUCAAAGCAGACAUAUUUGUGCUUGCCUUUAGUACAAGCAUUUGUAAAAUAUAGAAAAUGAUUUAUUUGAAAACAAUAAAAAUAUAACUGUUUUAUCAGAUCUUUCAGCACUCUGACGGAGUUGACUUUAGAGUUAAUGUUUUAUAGAGUUGACAUCUUUUAUUUUUGUUCUUCAUUCAAGUGAUAUACAAGUUUUUCCUCAGUUGCUUUAAGGCUCUAAAACCUAAUUAUAUCAUGUCCUAUCUUAAUCUAUCAGACAGAUGGAGUCAACAGUUUAUGGUUGUGACAAUGGUGAUUUCAAUACUGUUUGUUUAAAUCUAUCAGAAGUAGAGAACUUUACAGAUCAUGAGUUGUCUUGUUGCAUUACAUGUACUGAGGACAUGAAGAAGGGGGUCCUUGUGGUGUAACUGACUCAGCUCAUUUCUGAUUCAUUUAGGAUUUUAGUCAAAUCUCCGGACACAAUUUUUUAGAAAUCCUAGUUUUGAAAGAAAUAGUCUUUAAAGUCAGAGCGGGCCAUUGGAAGAAACUACAUGCAAUCUUUUUUCAGUUAGUAUUUAUUAUUGCCAGUUUUUUUAAUUGUAGAGUUUGACAUUUAGAUUCUUUGCUCUGGAUAAGGGCAUUUCUGAGCAUAGAGCUGGCAUGUAUAUGAACCAUAUUUCAAAUAAUUGGACAAUUCCAAAAGCAAAUAUUUGCCCUUGUAAAAUUCUACUUAAUGUAUUUUUUAAGCUCAAAUAAUGCAACAAAAUAAAAAAAUUUAAACUAUAAAAAUACAGGUUCCCUGUAGAAAAAGGAUUGUCCCGACUUUCAAGAAUCCCGGUUAAGAUUUGUCACUUAUGAAAACAGGGAUUACAAUGUUUGGAUCUGGAGAAAACAUAAGCACUUUAUGACAAUUGCUGAUAUUGAAAGGGCUUUAUAAAUUAAUAUGAUUUAAUUUAAUUUACUAUUGCAAUAUGAACUAAAUAUAUUGUUUUUUACAAGUGACAUGAGAUCUAAAGUGUUAUUGUGUACAUAUGCAAUUUCACUGAGUGCAUAAUAGCCUCUAUCUUAUUGCAGUGGAAAAGAGUACUGAAGCAAUCCACUAGAGGCCACAGUUGUCUGAGAAUUGAAUAUACAGUGCCUUCAGAAAGUAUUCAAAACCAAUGACUUUUUCAAUAUUUUGUUACGCUACAGCCUUAUUCUAAAAUGAAUUAAA